AUGAAGAAGAAAGCGGAAGGCAAUGUCUCUACAGUGAAACCAUUUGUAUUGCUGGGAUUUUCUGACCUUUCAAAUCUCCAGGGGUUUCUGUUUGGAGUGUUCAUCAUUAUUUACAUCAUUAUUAUAAUAGGAAAUAGCCUUAUAAUAAUAUUAACCAGACUUGAUCCUGCGUUACAUAAACCCAUGUAUUUUUUCUUGGCAAAUUUUUCCCUAUUGGAAAUAUGUUAUGUGUCUGUCACUCUCCCCAGGAUGUUGGCCAAUCUUUGGACUCAGGAUAGAAGUAUUUCUUUUCUUGAAUGUGCCACCCAAAUGUACUUCUUCCUUAUGCUGGGAGCCACAGAAUGUUUCCUCCUGGCGGUGAUGGCUUACGACCGCUAUGUGGCCAUCUGUAACCCUCUGCACUAUCCUCUAGUCAUGAAUCAAAAGAUCUGUACCCAGCUAGCACUCGGCUCAUGGACCAUUGGAAUUCCAGUUCAGAUGGGACUCACUGCUCAGAUUUUCUCUCUAAAUUUCUGCAAUUCUACUGAAAUUAACCACUUCUUCUGUGACACCCUCCCUGUUAUUAGACUGGCCUGUGGGGACAUUUCUCAUCAUGAGAUGUUUAUCUAUGUAGAAGCUAUGGUGAUUGUUGCUGUCCCUUUUGUGUUGAUAAUCAUCUCCUACAGCAAAAUCAUUUCCACAAUUCUGAAGCUACGCACAGUCUCAGAAAAAGCAAAAGGCUUCUCCACUUGUUCUUCUCACCUUCUGGUGGUGAUUUUGUUCUUUGGGUCUGCUACCAUAGCCUACUUGAGACCUAAAUCCAGACAUUCUGCCGGAACAGACAAGCUGCUCUCUCUCUUCUACACCAUUGUGACUCCGAUGUUUAAUCCCAUGAUAUACAGUCUCAGAAACAAGGAUGUUAUGGCUGCACUGAGAAAAUUAGUAUUUAAAAAGUAG